AUGCUAUCACCCAAACGAGCCAGGGCGGCCAGAGAGCGACAGGCCGAACUGGCUACAAUAAGACUUCACCCUACACGGUUGUCUGGGUUUGGCCGCGCUUCUCCUAGCAGAGAAUAUGGGGAUUCACAACAGCAAAAUACGGAGUCUCCCCGAUUAUUAGAGGAGCCACAGAAUGAAGCCAAUGAACGCGAAGGGCUAGGGGAUUUGUUUGACACCGACCUUGAAGGUGUUGAUGAUUCUACUAUCACUAUCAGCGUCUUGAGAGAGACCGAAGUGGGAUCUGUUACAGGGAAGCCAUUCCCUACGCGUGAAGAUACCAACCACCCCGAUGCAGAUCUUACUCAAAAAGAUGGGGGCUAUAAAUCUAUAGCUGAUAGGAUCAAGGAGCUCGACUCUGGUGAUGAAGAGGAUGGGGAUAUAGACACUGAAUAUCGUGAAGGGCCGGCGCGGCCAACUGAUGUCGCGGAACGAAUAGAGGACAAUAUGAACCAUAUCCAGGAUGAAGAACAGAAUUCCAAUCGUCAGGUGGCUAACGAGCCUCCUACACGGGAAAUAUUAAGCUGGCAAAAGAUUGAAGCCAUUCUACGAGAGGAUGAUUCUCGACCAACCAAUGGGACGGGCGGCGAAAUUAUCCAUUACCCCCAAAAUCAGGAUCAGAAUCCGUAUAUAUCGCCAGAAACCUAUCCAAAACGAGCGGCUGCAGCAGGCCUUGGGGAGCAAAAAUCUUACCUGGAAGCUCCCAAACUCGCCCCACGGCCAAUCGCCCAAAGGCUAUCAACCAGGAAUAGGUUUGCUGCAAGGCCCCAUUUUGCUGCCCCAGACCCCUAUUCUAGCCAUGCCGUGGGGGCAAACAAUACGGUGGAGAACCUUGAGGACGGGUCUGAUGCUGGACAACAGCAAUUGCAACUUCCCAAGGAGGAUCAGUACCCAGCUUAUAACCGUGCAGCCUUUGACGCAGCAACCGACCUGAGCACCCUGGACUGCUCUGAUGAUGAUGGCUUUGAAGAAGUGGCUGGCUUAGAAGAAGCUGGCACCUUUCAAUCGCCCCAUCUAUCAACAGUCUCUGCUGCUUCGUCUAAACGCCCACUCUCUAAUUUUAUAUCCGAUUAUCCCCCUAACAUUCUUGAAAGCAAGUCAUUUUCCGAUCUCCAGGCGGAAUCAUUCGACUACAACCCAACUCCUAUGCAACCGAUAUUCCCACACGACGCACCCCUGGCUUUAGAGGAUAAACUCUCCCGUGUCAAAAACCUGACAGAAGAUCAACGCCGUGUAUUCUUUUCAUCUGUUACCCUCUCAGAGUGGGAAGAGUGCGGGGACUGGCUGAUUGAGCAAUUCUGUAUUAUGCUCCGAAAAUCAAAGGAAGCGCGACGGGUUCGACGAGAAGUGGCAGCGAUUUUUGAAGCGGAGGUCAAGCGACGUCAUGACUCCGUUGAAUGUGAAGGGAGCUCCAUCAAGAAUCGCCUAGAAGAUAUGAGAGCUGGAGGGAUGGGCGUCCUUAAAGGCCAAACGCCGUGA